AUGUCCUCAAUCCAAAUUCUUUAUAGUCCAAAUUUGGACCCCAAAUCACCAAUAUUACCAAAAAUGUCAGAAUCAAUAACAAGUUCAACAAAUUCAACAGGAUCUUUAGGAUCUUUAUCAACUUUAGGAUCAUCAUCUGCAAUUGCAAAUCAAUCAUUUUUAUUACCCAAAAUGAAACAAGCAUCAAUUAAUAAUACAAUAAUUCCACCACAUAAAUCACCAAAAGAUAUAUCAUCCCAAUAUUUUAAUUCAUCAUCAAAUUUAGACUUGGAUGAAAUUAUUAAAGAAUUUGAUGCAAAAGAUGUUGAAUUAAUGAAGAAACGAAAUAAACAAGCCCAAAGGCAAUAUGGGAAAUCACUUGCAGAAUAUGGUGAAUUAAAAUUAAAAACUAAGAGAUUAGAAGAACAAGGAUUAAAUGGUGAAUAUGUUUAUGGACAAUUAAUUUUAAAAGAGAUUGAAAUUUUAAAAUUUGAAAUUUUUUUCCAAUUAACUGAUGUUUAUAAAAAAUUUAUUGAAAGUUUGAAAGAUUAUCAAGAUUGUUAUAAUACCAAAACUGAAAAACAAGAGAAAAAACCAAUAGUGUUGGAAAAUUAUGAAAUUGUUCAAAGUUUGUUAAGACAAUUAAGAUUUUUAGAUUUAGAAAGAUCAAAAAUUUUACAAUUACAAUGGCCAUUUAGAGAAACUUUAUGGGGGAAAAUUUGGAAUUUUUUUAAAUCUAAUAAUAAAGAUGAUGAAUAA